AUGGCAACACCAGCUGAAGCUGCUGCAGAAGCUGCUGCCGCCGCAGCCGCCGCCACGGGAAACUUGGGUAAUCAAAGUAAUCUCCAACUUUCCCCUGCCUUACAGCAAGGUGGAAUCGGCAUCAAGUGCCAUUUGUUAACGGAUGAUCCGUUGGGCCUGAAAUUUUGGCGGUACUCUUUGAUGGCGUUUCUGAAGAUUGCGACGUUGCUGCUUUGGCUGCUGGUCGGUGCUGGUGCGGACUGUGGUCCAGAAGACGGUGCGUUCCUGUGUCGAGACGUCUGCAGCGAGGAGGUGAGGGGCGACGGCGGCUACGGGCGCCGCGUGACGUUCGUCGGGGUGAUGCUGUUUUUGGACUGCGUCAGGCAGGCGGACCUCAAGGAGGUGAAACUGCUGUCUCCGACGGUGUGCGUCGGACGUUGGUCCGAGAUGGAUCAAGUGGUGACGCCAUGGCAGUGGUGCAAGGAAGUUGUGCCGCCCGAACCGGAGAUCUUGACAGCGGCAGUUCCGCCGGUGGUUGAUGAGCCUCGCCCAGUGGCGCGGACAGUCAACCUGGCGGUUGUCCACGUGCCGGCGAGCAAAAUGCCGUUUGUUGCUCGGGCGCCGCCCUUGAUGCAGCAAAGCGUCGUAGUGGCCCAAGAGGUGCCACACGUCAUCAGGGCACCAUUGUUGAUGCCGGAAGUGACGGCGGACGUGGACCCGUGGAUGGCAAUGGUCCUGGUCUUCAUGGGCCUUGGGGGAGCUGGAGCCACGUCUCUGGCUGUGUUUUUGGUUUGGCUUGUGAAGUUCAUCAGGAACAAGUCAUCGUACAUGCGGGAACUGGUGAGGAUGCUGACGCUGGAGGAUCAGCAGGAUCCAGAAGCCCAACCAGUGGUGGAUCUGCUGGGGCUGGAAGAGGCGGAUAAACCCGUCGCAGAAGAAAAGGAGGAAGAGUUGGUCCUUGAGGACGAUAAUCCUUUUAAAGAGAUGUUGAACGCGUAGAUAUAAAGUCACUUCAAAGAAAAAGAGUGCCAUUUUCAUACCUGCAGUUUUAUAUGGGUCUCUGGCAAUAGAGAAAUUGUAAAAAGAA